AUGAACGGGGACGCCAGGCUUCCCGAGGGAGACCACCAGUUCAACAAUGUUGUGUGUUCCGGAUCCAGCACAGAGGAUGUUCAGGCUUACCAAUUCUUGGAUGAGGAUACCUCCGGAGAGCCCAAUAUACAGUUUGGUAAGACGCACCUCCCACUUGGCGCCGGCCCGCCACAGAGAACUUGCGAUGAGCAAAGACAGGUCACUUGGGACCUGCUGAUCAGCCCGAACUUGGCAGACAAUAUCGACAAGACCAUUAAGAAGGCAGUCGAAAAGGGUCGCAAGGGCGCAGCCGGUGACAAGUUCAAGCUCUACGUCACAGGCUUCCCGCAGUUCUUCAGCGACAAGACGGACGAAUGCGACGAAGUCACCUUCGCCCGGUCCGCCAACCCCAAUGACGACGGUAAAGAGCACACGAGAAUGACGCAAGCGCUUCGGAAGGAGUUUAACGACAUGAGCGUCCAGCUGAACAAGGCCAUCGAGGACGCGGUGUCGAGGAACAAGGACCAAAGCGUCACAUGGAUCCCUAUCGACGACGUGAUGGAGGGCCACAGGUACUGCGAGCCCGGAGUCAAGGAGCCAGACCAGAACAACGACAGACUCUGGCUCUACCACUACCCCUACAACGAACCUAAGGAUGACGCAGUUGACGGACCCCUCCAAAAGGCCUUUGACAAGGUCAACGCCGACGUCGACAUCAAGACAGAGUUCAAGACGUACAACGAUUUCGAGAACGCGCUUUUUGACGCCGUCGAGGUUGACACUUCCGGCAUUCAAGACCCCUUGUGGCGCGGGGUCGGUAACAGGGUUAAAGUCUUUCAUCCGCAGAUUCCCCUCCACGAGAAGAUCCGAGACCUGGUCCUGGAAAGAUACAUCAGCGACUUGGGAGGCAACAACGUAGCGGAUCCAACGCCCGCACCCGCCGAGGACAAGAACGCAUGCCACGGCGUGAGCGGCGACUACUGGGUCAUGUCGCGCGACAUCGCCGUCGACAACGCCGAGGCAUUCUGCCAACAGGCGGAAAAGAAGGUAACGUACAACUCGGGCUCAGUCAAUGAGCUCGAGCUGUCGGUCAGGAAACUCGACGAUGACAGCAAAGGCCCGGCUGACGCCCCGGACUGCCUCGGCCGCUUCCAGCGCGUCGUCAUCGAUGGCUGCGAUGGAGACGACUACAUCAACAACCCGCACAAUUACAAGUUUGGGGCGACCUUCACUUCCGCCGACGGUUGGGAGUACACGAUGACGCCGCUGAGCAAGCAGGUCAACGAAGUAAGCUGCGACGUCUCGUACAAGUUCUUCUUCGACGUGUUCGAGAUCCGCGGCAAGAACCUGCCCGACGCCAAGUUCGGUGCCAACGGCGAGGGACUCAAGGCGGAACUGUCCGGCUGCGGGGCCAUCACCAAGUGGAAUUUCGAGAGAACGCCCGACGACGCCAAGUUCCAGUGGUAUGCGUCCGGCCGGCUGCCCAUCGGCACCAAAAACUGCGUCGGCAACGCCUUGGUCACCGCCGGUGGCUCCGGAGAGGGCAACUGCCACGGAGCUGGAAAGCGGAUGAGCGUCACUCGGCGGCGGCCGAUCGAUAAUAUUGAGGACCAGCCCCGUAUUGAUGCGUGGCCGGGGUACAGUGAUGCUGGUAGGCACGUCUUCAAACACCCAGCUACCGACUGA